GACCCCUCUGAGAUCCUUACUCCCAAAAUGAAACUUGUUUGGAAAAAUUAUCCCUUUAAGAUUUGUAUAAAUACGUCUCGCACAGUUGGGAAGUUUAAGUUGAACUGUAGUCAAGUCUAGUAAUAAGAUGUAUAAGCUCCAGAUUGUCUUUGUUCUUGCCUGCUUCUACGCAGUGAGCCAGAGUGCUCCCAUAAGCAGCGAAGAAGGAAAAGCCCUUAUUCAAGAGCAAGCCCAACACAACUACAAUCAACACCAGGAAACUUUGCAGAAUCGAGACUACAGUUUUUCUUCCCUCGUCAAUCCCAAGUACGAUGCCAACGGUUUCACCUUCGAUAACAAAGACAAAAGCCAUCGGGAUCGUGGAUAUGGAUUCGAAAAGGCAUACGCUUAUUCACGAGAAACGGCAUUUUUUGAUUUCGACGACGACAAAGGCAUCUUGAAUGCCCGAGACUUGGUGGAGAAGCUUGGAAAAGAAGAAAAGAACAAAGCACACGAUCUUUUGAAGGAUGUGCCAAAGUAAAUGACUGUCACUGUCACAGAAAGUGAAUCGAACCACUAGUCCGAAACAUCGAAGCUUAAUAAGGGCUUAGGCUUUAUUUGUCUGGCUUGCUUUCACCCAGCUUUAUUGUGCCAGCCGUUGCAUUUUGUGAGUAAGGAUUGUUUACAACAUGCAGUUCACUAAAAGAAAAACAAUCUAAAAAUGAUAUUAUAUUGUAAUAUUAUAU